AUGAUGCCCACCGGCGGACCACCGUCCACUACCACAGCGUCAACCGCCGCUUCAUCUUCUUCCUCUGCGGCGUCUCUCUUGACGUCUUCGGCGUCAACUGCAGGCUCCUCAUCCUCCGAUGGCACCGAGCUUCUCACCACGUGUCUGUCCACAAUCGUCACGUAUGACUACGACUACGCACUGUGCGUCAUGAACUCAGGCUUCUUCGAGCUCGACUCGUCGCCCUUCGAGACGGCCACUACCGCCAUCUCGUCGCUUCUCUCGGGCUCUAGCGGAAGUAGCUCUGUAGACUCCGGUACUUGCACCCUCAUGUGCACUAAGUCGACCUUAUCUGCGUCCAGUUCGUGCUGUGCAGCCGCCUCUACAGUCAAAAACUGUCCGCAAUCGUCGUCCAAUAUCGACUACUGUAAGUCUGUGAUCGAAGACACAGUAGCCGAGAGCCAACAAUGCGGCUUGUCUGCCCAGAGCACCGCGCUUAUCGUAUGUGUAUCCAUCAUCGCUGCAUUCUUCAUGGCCGUGAUGAUAGCAGCCAGGAUAUACGCCAAGAAACAGGCUCAAGCUGCAGCUUUAGAGGGAGACCCCCUCGAAUCCAGGUUCGCAGUGGCGAGCAGAGCCACGUGGGAAGCGGCUCUAGCUGCCUGGAGACAGGUGACCAACCUCAUCUGGAAGAACCUCAUCAUCCGACGACGCAAACCCGUGUCCUUCGUGCUCGAGCUGCUGCUCCCCGUGGUAUUGACACUCGCGCUCGUGUUUAUUGCCAAUCUGGACACAAUUUUUGGUACGGGCGAUGAAUUCUCCAGCUCUUCGGAGGCUGCAUCGCUGUCCGAGACUAUUUUAUGCACCAGUUUGGACACUUUAGAGUUCACCGACUAUGGCGCGCUGAGUACCAACAUGUCGACGUUCUAUAGCAGCGGCCAGAGCGUCAUCGGACUCUUUCUAUUGAUUAGUUAUAUCAAAUUCGUGUCCACUACCACCACCACGAUGGUUAUCGAGAAGGAGACGAGGAUCCGGGAGGUUAUGAAGAUCAUGGGGCUGUCAAACUUCACCUUACUGAGCUCGUGGUGUCUCACGACGGCGAUUCUGGCCACGCCACUGGCGUUUGCCAUCGCGGCGGAACUGAAAUACGGUCAGGUGUUCCCAAUGACCGAGUACGCGACGCUCGUGUUCCUGUUCUGGUCGCUGAGCGUCUCCAUCGUGAGCUUCAGCUACUUCAUCACGCCGUUUUUUAACAAAUCCAGAGCUGCGUCCAUCGCUUCGGUGCUGCUGUGGCUCGUCUUGUUCUUCCCGUUCUUCUCCGUCAUGUCCAAGUCCAACUCGUCCAAAUAUCUGGGUGCGCUUGCACCUCCCACUGCAUUUGCAUUGGGUAUUGACGACCUGGUACGUCGCGCUCAGCUCGGCAGAGGGCUGGCGUACGCUAUGGGAAUAGUCGAGUCUCCUGUCACGGUCCCGUCGGCCUUUGCGAUGAGCUGGUUCUUGCUUCUCGACUCGGUCAUUUUGGUCGCGUUAGGCUGGUACUUCGACAACGUGCUACCACAAGAGUUUGGUGUUCGGAAGCCGUGGCAUUUCCUCUUUGUGAAGGAAUACUGGCUUCCUUCAAGUCGCAAUAACAAGGAUGUCGUCGUGCUGGAAUCUCCGACCACAGACUCGUCACCGCAGACACAUUAUUCGCUCGGAUCGCCACGUGGAGUGCGGCUACUGCAUCAGACCUCGUCGGAUGGGUCGAUCGUCAUGAUGAAGGAUCGACCUGGACUUGUGGCCUCUGUGGAGCCAGUCAAUGCUGUGUUGGCAGAGCAGGAACGGAAAGGCACGUGUCUGCAGAUUCGAGGUCUUCGUAAAGAAUUCCCUGCGGAGGACGGAGAGGUGAAGGUGGCUGUACACGGACUGAACUUAACACUGUAUGCGGGGCAGAUCUCUGCUCUGCUGGGACACAAUGGAGCAGGUAAAACGACGACAAUAUCGAUGCUGACGGGUCUGAUCCCACCGACUUCGGGCGAUGCAACGCUCUACGGACGCUCCGUUCAAGCAGAUUUCAACGAACUCCGACAGAUUAUGGGCAUUUGUCCGCAACAUGAUGUUCUAUUCAACGAGCUGACAGUUGAAGAGCACUUGCUGCUGUUCGGAACGAUGAAACAUAUCCCCGUUUCCAGCUUGAAGGAAGAAGUUGGGCGGAUGAUACGAGAAGUUGGACUGGUGGAGAAGAGGAAGGUCGCGGCGAGGAAUCUCUCGGGAGGCCAGAAGCGCAAGCUCAGUGUGGCCUUGGCCUUCAUGGGGGACAGCAAGUUGGUGUUCCUGGACGAACCCACGUCUGGCAUGGACCCAUACUCUCGUCGAUUCACGUGGAACUUGCUGCAGAGGAACCGUGACGACCGCGUCAUUGUUCUAACGACCCACUUCAUGGACGAAGCUGACAUUCUCGGAGAUAGGAUUGCUAUUAUGGCGGACGGUCAGCUUUGCUGCGCUGGUAGCUCGCUCUUCCUGAAGAAUCGAUACGGUGCUGGGUACAACUUGACUAUGAUCAAAGCACCUGGAUGUGACGUGGAAGCGGUGGGCGCGUUCUUGCGCAACUUUGUGCCUGAAGCGAAGUGCUUGAGCAACUUUGGCUCGGAGGUUGUAUUCCAGCUCCCGUCCAAGUCUUCCGGAGUGUUCUCGACCAUGCUGCAAGUGCUUGAUGAUGAGAAGAGCAACCUGCGUGUGGUUCAGUAUGGAAUAUCUGUCACUACAUUAGAAGAAGUCUUCUUACGCAUCUCUCAAGAUCGCGAAGAAGAAGCGGCUAUGGGCGUAGCUGUCUGUGGCGUUGAAACAGUGGAUCAAAUUCGCAAGACGUCGGCGACGUCUGCGAACUCUCGUGGGACCUUGACAGGUCCGAGUUGGACGCCUAUCUCGACUGAAUCGACGAACCGUGCGAUGUUCUGGAGCCAGUACAGAGCGCUGUUGACCAAGCGUGUGCGUAUCGCGAAGAGGGACAAGAAGAACUUGUUGAAUGCAGUGUGUAUCCCUCUGCUCUUUCUGAUCAUUCUCGUGUCACUUCCUGAGAUCGACGUGGCAAGUUUUAUGACUACAAGUGACUAUGCUACAGAGCUGGCGUCUGUGUCUCGUCAAGGACGAUGCUCAAGCGCGAACUUCUCGUUGGUCUCGGUUCCCAGCGCGUGUGACAGCUACAGCUUCAACUACUGCGAGCUUGGCGUGAUAGACUGCAGCGCGUCGACCUGUUGUGAUAAGACGAACGUGCAGUCGCCGUACUACGCGUGCAACAUGUGCGAUGGUACCUCAUCGUCAAGCCCAGUGGCCCCGUGUUACAACGAAUACUGUCUGGAUCAGGACGGCGCGAAGCUUCAGGCUACGCUCAACGCUUUCUUAACGUCCGUUGUGGUCAUGCUGGCGUUCGCGUUCGUCCCGGCUGCGAUAGUGGCGUUCAUCGUGCGUGAGAAGAACCCGAACCAGAACGCGAAGAGCUUGCAGCUGAUCUGCGGGGCCAACGUGUCGGCCUAUUGGCUGUCGACAUGGACACACGACAUCGUUCUCAUGCUGGUCACUGUCAUUGCUGCUAUGGUCAUGGUCCCGCUGUCAGACCGGACGCUGAAGAGCUCCAUGGAGGUGUGGGGUAUCGUCUGUCUGGUUGGCUCGCACGCGCUGGCUGUGAUCCCCAUGGCGUAUCUCUUCUCUUUCAAGUUCAAGAAGCAUGCGGUGGCACAGACGUCUCUACUGGUGUUUGCUCUGUGUACAGGCGGAUUGCUGAGUAUUUUCUCGUUCUUGUGUCGACUUAUCGACUUCGAUUUGACGCCGGGAAACUCCACAGACAACUUGACACUGUCUUCGCUGGAUAGAAACUACCUGCGGUGGCUCUUCCUGCUCUUCCCAGGCUACAGUCUGAACAAUGGCAUCUACGAGAUCGCGACGCGGAAGCUCAGCCGAAGUGCGCUGUACGGUAGCGAGACGGAUACGAUCGCCCCACCGUCGUUCUUUGGGGCUUGGGUGGGACUUGGUACGGACUACACGUGCACUUCUUGCUGGGAUGCCGUGAGUGGAGAGACUUGCUGUGUGCGCAACGUGUUCGACUUUGACGUGGCUGGAGCUCCUGUGGCCUACGCAGUGGUCGAGAUUGUGGUCUUUAUGCUGCUGGUGUUUAUCGUGGAGAACCGCAGCUUAUCGUGGCGUCCAGAGCAGAGGUCGCAACCGUUUGUGUCUAAUGAGGACGACGAUGUGGCUAACGAGCGCCAGAAAGUGGAGACCGCCGCGUCUCCUACUCAAAACGACAGCGUCUUUAUCCGGAAUCUACGUCAGCAGUACGGCAGACGAGGGAAAGUGGCGCUGGACAACUUGUGUCUUUCCAUUGCGAAGGGCGAAUGCUUCGGCUAUCUUGGCAUCAAUGGAGCGGGCAAGUCGACGACGAUGAAGGUUUUGACUGGUGAGAUCGCGCCUACGAAUGGCUUCGUGACACUUGGAGGCUUCGACUUGGCUCGCGAUCGCGACAAAGCACGCAGAGUGGUCGGCUACUGUCCUCAGUUCGACUCGCUGCACGACUUGUUGACUGUGGAAGAGCAGCUGGAGUUGUACGCCAGACUCAAGGGGAUAUCGAGCGACAGAGUCCAGCAAGCGGUGGAGCAGAAGAUCGACGAAGUGGGGCUCACCGAGUACCGCACAAAGCUGACGCGAGGCCUGAGUGGAGGCAACAAGCGCAAAUUGUCGACCGCGAUCGCGCUGAUUGGCUCUCCUCGCAUCAUUUUCCUGGAUGAGCCGUCGACGGGUGUGGAUCCGAGUUCGAGGAGGAAGAUGUGGGACGUGAUCGCCGCUGUCUGUGCCGCGAAAGAGUCGUGUGUGGUGCUGACAACGCACAGUAUGGAGGAAUGUGAAGCACUCUGCACGCGUGUGGGAAUCCUGGUGAGUGGCAAGUUGAAAUGUCUGGGAAGUGUGGAGCAUCUCAAGCACAAGUUCGGACGAGGUUACAUCGUUGAGGUCAAGCUACGAGAGCCAGGCGCGUCGUCUGUGGGGAGACUGCAGCUCGAGGUGUAUCGCAUUCUGGGCGGCAAUUGCUCUGGGGUUUCACAGGACCAAGUCUCCACUUUGUGCUCCUCUCUUGGAGCUCCGAACCGUGCAAACGAGAUUCUAAACGGGGAGAGUAAUGGAGGAGUACUGAACAGCUACCUCGAGACGUGGGGGGUCAUCCCUAUUGACGUUUUCUGCGCGUGGUGGCUCACUGAGAGCCUGGGUUCUACGCUACGAGAGUUCUUCCAGUCCAAGUUCCAAGACUGUCAGCUCAUCGAGCACCAAGGCAGCCACUUCCGCUUCCAAGUGCCCAAACAUUCCCUACGGCCUUACGCAAUCUUCGGCCUGCUGGAGGAGAACAAGGAUCAGCUGCAGGUGAGUGAGUACGGCGUGAGCGAGACGUCUCUGGAACACAUUUUCAACACGAUGGCAGCUCAACAAGGAGAAGAGCAAUUGCUAGGCAGCGCUAGAUAUCGUGGUGCAUAG